GUCUCUUCUUGGUCAUAUCAUUCUUUGAACUCAAUAGCUGCAGGAUCUACCUUCAGACUCUCCAGUGCUUCAGCAUCUAUCAAUCACAAUGAAAGUUCAACCACUUUCGGUUUGGCUUCUAAGCGGUCUGAGCAUCUCUGUAGCUCUCCCUCACGCUGUAAACACUACCUUUGAUCCUCAAAAAGCAGCUUCUCGCCAAUUGUCCAUCUGGCAGAACGACAUGAGUGUACAGGUCGCCCAAAGCCUCCUCGAGCGCCAAGCAACGCACUACGACGCCACAAUCUCUUCUAGCUGCACGACAGACAAGAUUAUCCAUCGCCAAGAGUGGGGAUCUAUGCCCAAGAGCGACAGAAAAAGAUACAUCGAUGCAGUCAAGUGUCUCAUGAGACUGCCCUCUUUAAGUUCGCCAGAUGAUGUGCCGGGUGCAAGGAGUCGCUACGAUGAUUUCGUCGCUGUGCACAUCGUAUACUCGCCAAUCAUUCAUCACAGCGGUCUGUUCCUUCCGUGGCAUCGCUACUACACAUGGCUGUACGAGAAGGCUCUCCGUGAAGAGUGUGGGUACAAGGCUGGGCAGCCUUAUUGGGACUGGACGCGUCACUGGGACGACCUAACCAAGUCACCUGUCUUCGAUGGCUCCCCAUACUCAAUGGGAAGUAAUGGCGAAGCUAUCCCGCAUGGACCGGUCAAUGAUACAGCGCUGGGGUCAACACGCCUCCUAAAACCCGGCACAGGUGGUGGCUGCAUCAAUUCAGGUCCAUUCGCCAAUCUAACCAUCAAUCUGGGACCAUAUGCUCUUUUGCCGAUGGGUCCUGACAAUGGUUUGGGCUACAAUCCGCGUUGUCUGCAUCGCGACUUUUCGGCUGAGUGGAAUAACAACACCAAACCCACCGAUAUUGUCGACGUCAUAAACCGCUCAGACGAUGUCGCAUCUUUCGAUAAGGAAUUUGAAGCGCUGAAGGGUCCUCACGCUGGUGGUCACUUUGGAGUUGGUGGAAUGAUGGCGGACCAGCACGCAAGUCCGAGUGAUCCGAUAUUUUGGCUGCACCACGGCAUGAUCGACCGUGUGUGGAAUCUAUGGCAGAGCCGUGAUAGAAUUGGUCGAACGAAUCAGACUGGAAGAACAGUGACCGCGCAGAACAAUCCUCCAAGCGCCGAUGCUACACUAGAAACAAUAAUGCCGUUUGGGAUCCUAAGCAUGCCGCAGCGACUUGGCGACCUUGUCUCGACAAUUGACGGGCCCUUUUGUUAUCAAUAUGUAUAAAAUUCGAGUAUGAGAUGGUUUUAUGGAUAUCAACGAGGAAAGCAAGUUUCUGUCGCUUGGAAAUUGUACAUGAACAUCGGCAUCUUUGUGCUAGGUGGUG